AUGAAUGCCAAAGAACCUGAGGCUGAAAAAGGCAUGCAUAUCAGCUUUCACGAUACUGAUCACCCUGCAACCCAGGAAAACCGUGGUCGUGGGCGCCCCCGAUCUUUGAGUCGUAAUUCCAGCCGUCGUAGGUCUCUCAGCCGGGCCUCGAAUAAUCCAUACUCUGGAUACCAGAUAGAGCAUCGUACUCUCUCUAUCCACGUCUCCGAGUCUAAGCAUCGGGAACCAGACUCCUCGGACGAGCUCAAAGGAGCAAAAGAGGACAACACCGAUUACUUUUCCGGCCUUCACUAUCAUGAGCUGGCAUCGGACCAGAUUUGCCAACAGCUCAAUGUCUCUCCUGAAGCUGGCCUGUCCGCUGAUGCUGCCGCGCGCCGCCUCACGCGCGAUGGCCGCAACGUUCUCCCUCAGCCAAAGACAAACUACAUGAGAAAGCUGCUUGGAUACAUCUUUGGCGGAUUCUGCUCCGUUCUCUGGGUCGGCGUUAUUGUCUUCUUCAUUUGUUGGCGGCCCCUGAGCGACCCUCCUUCCCCUACCAACCUCGCACUGGCAAUUCUGAUCCUUAUUGUGAUUGCCCUUCAGGCUGGGUUCAGUGCCUUCUCCGACUGGUCAACUUCCCGCACGAUGAAGUCCAUCACCGGACUCCUCCCUUCCGAGACUCACGUGCUUCGCGAUGGCCAGGCCCAAGUCCUUCCGGCCUCCGAAUUGGUGGCUGGCGAUAUCGUUCAACUCGCCAUGGGCAGCAAAGUGCCGGCGGACAUGCGAAUCAUCCAGCAUUCUGGAGAUCUUCGAUUUGAUAGAUCUAUGCUUACUGGUGAAUCCGACGAGAUUGAGGGGGCCAUUGACGUUACGGAUCCCAACUUCUUGGAGAGCCGCAACAUCGCUUUGAUGGGCAGCUUGGUCGUCAACGGGAACGGGCUGGGCGUUGUUGUCCUCACUGGAUCUCGCUCCGUGAUGGGUCGUAUCGCUCAAGCCAUGGGCGACGUCAAAGAAGAGCCCACUCUCAUUCAGAGGGAGAUCUGGCGCUUCGUUAGGAUCAUCGUCAUCAUGACUAUUCUUCUCGCGUUGUUGAUCGUCCUAGUUUGGGUUGGCUGGUUGCGGGUUGACCACAGUGGUUAUAUGAACGUUGUUGCCAUGCUGAACAACGUCAUGGGGUGUGUUGUCGCCUUCAUUCCCGAGGGCAUGCCUAUUGGCGUAUCGCUUACGCUGAUGAUGGUUGCCCGACGGAUGAAAGCAGUUGAUAUCCUCCCCAAGGGCCUUUCCACCGUCGAGACCUUGGGUUGUGUCAAUGUUCUUUGCUCGGACAAGACAGGAACGCUGACGCAGAACCUCAUGUCCGUGUCUUCCGUGUCCUUUGCUGAUGAGAUGUCAUCGCCAGAGGAGAUUCACAAGGCCAUCACAAGUGGCAGCCCUAAAAACGCCUUCACGAAGCUGCACCAAGCGUCCGCUUUAUGCAAUGACGCAUACUUUGAGACUGCGUCGGACCCCCUCCCCAUUGAUGAACGCAAAGUCAAAGGCAACGCCACUGAUGCAGCCGUUCUACGAUUUGCUGCAAAGGCAGACGUAUACGAAGAACUCAAGCGCUCAAAUCCUCGUGCCCAUACCGUUCCGUUCAACUCGAAAAACAAGUGGAUGCUGACCAUGUUCGCCGAUACCUCAUCCGCGGAGAAGAAAUCCUACAGAGUGAUUAUCAAGGGUGCCCCCGACAUUCUCUCUGGCGCUUGUACUCAUUACUGGUCCAAAACAAAUAAAUGCCCGCUGCCUCUUGACGAGAAGACUCGCGCUAUAUUGAAGGCAACUCAGGACCGUCUUUCCAGCGAUGCUCAGCGUGUUAUCAUGCUUUGCGAAAAGACAGUAACCCCAACAAAUACCUUGGGCACGAAUGCCUUUAGCGAUGAGAUUCACAACAUUGCCCUUGAAAAUCUGACAGUGGUUGGGGUUCUCGGUAUCAUCGAUCCACCACGCCCCGAGGCAACUACCACUGUUCGCGAGGCUCGUCGAGCUGGCAUUCGGUUCUUAAUGGUAACUGGGGAUUACAGUCUGACCGCGGCAGCGAUAGCCAGAAAUAUUGGCAUUUUCACCCAAAGCCACCCCCCUGAUACCGUCGGCGAGAUGCAGAAAAAUCCACAGCUUACCGUGGACAUAUUGAGGAAUAGCAGACAUGAAGGCGAAGGUCGGGCAUUGAUUGUCGAGGGACAGGAAGUUCUUGGACUGACCGACGAGGACUGGAACCUCGUCUGCGAAUACGAGGAGAUUGUAUUUGCAAGAACAACACCAGAGCAGAAGCUUCGUAUUGUCAAUGAAUUCAAGCAGCGGGAUAAUGUAGUAGCUGUUACCGGCGACGGCGUGAACGAUGCCCCAGCCCUCAGAGCUGCAGACGUUGGCGUAGCCGUGGUAACUGGCAGUGAUGUGGCUAUUGACGCAGCUGACCUUGUCCUGCUGAACAAGUUUGACUCCAUUAUCGAUGCUGUCCGUCUUGGGCGUCUUGUUUUCCAGAACUUGCAAAAGGUUAUCGCCUACCUUCUACCUGCUGGAUCCUGGUCAGAGAUUUGGCCUGUUCUCGUCAACGUGUUUUUCGGUGUCCCACUUCCUCUAUCAUCCUUUCUGAUGAUCAUCAUCUGUGUCUUUACGGAUCUCUUCCUCUCAUUAUCACUCAUCAUGGAGAAGGCAGAGUUUGAUCUGCUGUCUAUACCCCCGCGCAACCAUAAGAAAGACCAUCUGAUCAACGCUCGUAUCUAUGGGCAAGCAUACCUCUUCACAGGAACCAUGGAAACCUGCGUCGCGCACGCCAUGUACUUCCUCUACUACUGGAAGGCGGCUCGCAUCCCGAUAAGGGACCUAUUCUUCCUUUUCGAGGGCUACACGGAUGGUUUCCACGGGUACUCGGCGGAUGAGCUCGCAAACUUCAACUCCACUGGCCAGUGCGUGUAUUUCGUGACACUGGUCAUUCUACAGUGGGGGAAUAUUCUUGCUGUACGCAACCGCAGGUUGAGUAUAUUGCAGGCGGACCCCAUCACGGAAAAGAGACGUAAUCCAUGGCUGCUUCUGAGCAUGUUGAUUAGCUUUUCCAUCGCAGUCUUUGUUACCGAAGUUCCGGGCUUGCAGAAAUUGUUCCUCACCGCAAGUGUUCCUAUUGAGUUCUGGGUUAUUCCGAUCCCGCUAGCCCUGGGCAUUUUACUCAUGGACGAGAUCCGGAAAUUAUUGGUGAGACAGUUUCCGAAAGGUCCUAUCGCUUGGGUGGCUUGGUGA